CGCAUGCGCGGCUCCUCCCGGCGACGCGGCUCGGUGAGCUCCCGGCCCCGGCGGUCGCGCCCCCCCCCCCCCCCCCGGACUGGUCCCAGCGCCCCCCCCAAACUGGUCCCAGUGACCCCCGGGCUGCCCCCUCCCCCCCCCCCCCGGACUGGUCCCAGCGCCCCCCCCGGACUGGUCCCAGUGACCCCCCGAAACUGGUCCCGGUCCCCCCCCCCCCGGCUCCCCCCCCCCCGGACAGGUCCCAGUGCCCCCCCCAUACUGGUCCCAGCACCCAUAACUGGUCCCAGCGCCCAUAACUGGUCCCACUGACCCAUAACUGGUCCUAGCACCCAUAACUGGUCCCAGUGCCCCCCCUAUACUGGUCCCAGUAUCUGUAGCUGGUCCUAUAACUGGUCUCGGCACCCAUAACUGGUCCCAGUGCCCCCCUUAUACUGGUCCCAGCGCCCAUAACUGGUCCCUAUGACCCAUAACUGGUCCCAGCACCCAUAACUGGUCCCAGUGCCCCCCCCCAUACUGGUCCCAGCACCCAUAACUGGUCCCAAUGACCCAUAACUGGUCCUAGUGCCCCCCCAUACUGGUCCCAGUGUCCGUAGCUGGUCCUAUAACUGGUCCCAGUGCCCCCCUUAUACUGGUCCCAGCACCCAUAACUGGUCCCAAUGACGCAUAACUGGUCCUAGCACCCAUAACUGAUCCCAGUGCCCCCCCCAUACUGGUCCCACCACCCAUAACUGGUCCUAAUCACCCAUAACUGGUCCCAGUGCCCCCCCCAUACUGGUCCCAGUAUCCGUAGCUGGUCCUAUAACUGGUCCCAGUAACUGGUCCCAGUGCCCCCCCAUACUGCUCUCAGCACCCAUAACUGGUCCCAGGGCCCCCCUAUACUGGUCCCAGUGCCCAUAGCUGGUCCUAGUGACCCAUGACUGGUCCCAGCACCCAUAACUGGUCCCAGUGCCCCCCCCAUACUGGUCCCAGUGCCCAUAGCUGGUCCUAGUGACCCAUGACUGGUCCCAGCACCCAUAACUGGUCCCAGCACCCUGUCAUCAGCCCCAGCACCCCAAAACCAGUCCCAGCCCCCUGUAACUGGUCCCAGUGACUGCCCCAUACUGGUCCCAACACCCAUAACUGGUCCUGGUGCCCCAUAAUGUGUCGCAGCACCCACAACACGUCCCAGCACCCAUAACUGGUCCCAGUGACCCCAUAACUGGUCCCAGUGAGCCAUAACUGGUCCCAGCACCCGUAACUGGUCCCAGCACCCAUAACUGGUCCUGGUGACCCCAUAACUGGUCCCAGUGAGCCAUAACUGGUCCCAGCACCCGUAACUGGUCCCAGCACCCAUAACUGGUCCUGGUGACCCCAUAACUGGUCCCAGUGAGCCAUAACAGGUCCCAGCACCCAUAACUGGUUCCAGUGACCCCAUAAGUGGUCCCAGUGAGCCAUAACUGGUCCCACCACCCGUAACUGGUCCAGGUGACCCCAUAACUGGUCCUGGUGACCCCAUAACUGGUCCCAGCACCUGUAACUGGUCCAGGUGACCCCAUAACUGGUCCAGGUGACCCCAUAGCUGGUCCCAGUGACCCCAUAACAGGUCCCAGGGACCCCAUAACUGGUCCCAGUGACUAGUAACUGGUCCCAGUGAGCCGUAACUGGUCCAGGUGACCCCAUAGCUGGUCCCAGUGACCCCAUAGCUGGUCCAGGUGACCCCAUAGCUGGUCCCAGUGACCCCAUAACAGGUCCCAGUGACCAGUAACUGGUCCAGGUGACCCCAUAACAGGUCCCAGUGACCUAUAACUGGUCCCGGGGACCCCAUAACUGGUCCCGGUGACCCCCGGCCGCCCCCAGGGCGAUGGCCCGGCGGUGCUCGGCGCUGGGGGGCUGCGCCUGGGCCCUGGGGGCUCUGGCCUUGGCCCAGCUCCUCUACCUGAGCCUGCUGGGGGGUCCCCGGGGGCCCCCGGCGCCCGGAGCCGCCGCCCCCCCCCGAGGCCGCCGCCGUCCCCCCCCGCCGCCCCCCCGGGGCCGCCUGGACGUCUCGGGCGCCUUCCGGAUCUACCGGGACCUUCUGGCGCCAUCGGCCCCCGGGUGCCCGGAGACGCCCGAGGUGGUGCUGGCCACCCACGGGACGCCGGAGCGGGUGGCGGGGGCCCUGGGGAGCCUGGCGGGGCUCUGGGGGGGGCCGCUGUCGGUGGCGGUGCUGGCGGCGGGGCCGGGGGGGCCGGGGCGGCUCGGGGGGCUGCUGGGAGCCCUGGGCGGGUGCCGGGAGCUGCGGGGGCGGCUGCGGGUGCACGCGGUGACGGCGGCCGGGGCGCCGCGGCCCGAGAGGCCCGGGGUGCUGGGCGGCGGGUGCCGGCGGGGCUUGGCGCGGGUGGCGGGGGCCCCGGCGCCCCCCAACUACGCCCUCGGGCCCGAGACCCCGUACCCGGGUAACCUGCUGCGCAACGUGGCCCGGGGGGGCGCGGGGGGCGGCCCCGGGCGCUUCGUGCUGCUGCUGGACGCCGACGUGGUGCCCAGCCGGGGGCUGCGCGAGGCCUUGGUGGCCAUGUUGCGGCGCGGGGGACCCCCCGCUUUGGGGGCCGGGGGGGUCCCGGGCGGCCCCGAGGCGUUGGGGGACCCUAAGGCGGUUGGGGGGGUCUUGGGGGACCCCAACGUGUUGAGGGACACCAACGCGUUGGGUGCUGGGGGGGUCUUGGGGGACCCCAACGCGUUGGGUGCUGGAGGGGUCUUGGGGGACCCCAACGCGUUGGGUGCUGGAGGGGUCUUGGAGGAACCCAACGCGUUGAGGGUCUCCAACGUGUUGGGUGCUGGGGGGGUCUUGGGGGACCCCAACGCGUUGGGUGCUGGAGGGGUCUUGGGGGACCCCAACGUGUUGAGGGACCCCAACGCGUUGGGUGCUGGGGGGGUCUUGGGGGACCCCAAUGCGUUGGGUGCUGGAGGGGUCUUGGGGGACCCCAACGCGUUGAGGGUCUCCAACGCGUUGGGUGCUGGGGGGGUCUUGGGGGUCCCCAAUGGACUCGGGAUCCCCAACGCAUUGGGUGCUGUGGGUGCCGGGGGGGUCCCGAAGGCCCUGGGUGCCCCAGAUGCCCUGGUUGCCCCCCACGACCCCGGGGUCCCCGACACCCUGGACGUCCCCGACGCGCCGGGUGUCCCCAACGACCCCGGGGUGCUCCACGUCCUCGACGUCCCCAACGUCCCCAACGCGCCGGGUGCCCCCAACGACCCCGGGCUGCUCCACGUCCCCGACGUCCCCGAGGCUCCGGGUGCCCCUGACCCGCUGGACGUCCCCAACACCCUGGGGGUCCCCGACACCCCGGCCGUCACCCCGGGCGGCCCCUGGGCGGCCUGGGCCCGCGUGGCCCUGGUGCUACCGGCCUUCGAGGUGCCGGCGGGGACCCCGGUGCCGGGCACCAAGGAAGAGCUGGGGCGGCUCUGGGGGGCCGGGGUGGCCCGGCCUUUCUACGGGGCGCUGUGUCCCCGGUGCCAGGCGCCCACGGGCUACGGGCGCUGGCUGGCGCUGCCGCCCGCCCCCCGGCUGGGCGUGGCCUACGUGGCGCCGUGGCGGGACCCCUGGGAGCCCUUCUACGUGGCGCCGGCCGACGGGGUGCCGCCCUUCGACGAGCGCUUCCAGCAGUACGGCUUCAACCGCAUCAGCCAGGCGUGCGAGCUGCACGUGGCCGGCUUCUCCUUCGCGGUGCUGGACGGCGCCUUCGUGGUUCACCGGGGCGUCAAGGCGCCGGGCGGCUUCCACGGGGGCCGCGAGGCCGAGCUGCGCCGCAACCGCCGCCUCUUCCGCCGCUUCAAGGAGGAGCUGCGCGGGCGCUACCCCGGCUCCCCCCGCCGCUGCUGAGCCCCGGACGCCUGGGCCCCCGCACGCCGGGGCCCCCCGGACGCCUGGGCCCGGUCUAGGACACUCCCGGACGCCUGGGCCCUUCGUGACGUCUCUACCAACGCUUCAAGGAGGAGCUGCACGGGUGCUACCGUGGCUUGUCGCGAUGCUGCUGAGCCCCGGACACCUGGGCCCCCGCACGCCGGGGCCCCUCGGACGUGUGGGCCCAGUCUAGGAGGCUCCCGGACGCCUGGGCCCUUCGUGGUGCCUCUUCUGGUGCUUCAAGGAGGAGCUGUGCAGGUGCUACCAUGGCUUGUCGCGAUGCUGCUGAGCCCCGGACGCCUGGGCCCCCCGGACGCUGGGGCCCCUCGGACGCCUGGGCACCCCGGACACCUGGGCCCCCCGGACGCCAGGGCCCCUCGGACACCUGGGUGCGGUCUAGGAGGCUCCCGGACGCCUGGGCGCCUCGGACACCUGGGCCCCCCGGAUGCCUGGGCCCCUUGGACACAGCCUAGGAGGCUCCCGGACGCCUGGGCCCUUCGUGGUGCCUCUUCUGGUGCUUCAAGGAGGAGCUGCGUGGGUGCUACCAUGGCUUGUCGCGAUGCUGCUGAGCCCCGGACGCCUGGGCCCCCCGGACGCCUGGGCCCCUCGGAUGCCUGGGCCCCUCGGACACCUGGGCCCCCCGGACGCCGGGGCCCCCCUGGACACCUGCAUCCCCUCUCCCGGACACCUGGGCCUCCCGGACGCCUGGGCCCCUCGGACGCUUGGGUGCAGCCUAGGAGGCUCCCGGACACCUGGGCCCCUCAGACGCCUGGGCCCCCGGACGCCUGGGCCCCUUGGAUGCCUGGGCCCCCCGGACACCUGGGCCCGGCCUAGGAGGCUCCCGGACGCCUGGGCCCCUCGUGGCGUCUCUACCAACACUUCAAGGAGGAGCUGCACGGGUGCUACCGUGGCUUGUCGCGAUGCUGCUGAGCCCCGGACGCCUGGGCCCCCCGGACGCCUGGGCCCCCCGGACGCCUGGGCCCCUGGACACCUGGGCCCCCCGGACAACUGGGCCCCCCGGACGCCGGGGCCCCUCGGACGCCUGGGCCCCUCCUGGACAGCUGAGCCCCCCCCCCGGACACCUGGGCCCCUUGGACGCCUGGGCCCCCCGGACGCCUGUUCCCUCCCCCGGACGCCUGGGCCCCCCCCGGACGCCUGGGCCCCCUCUCCCCCCCCCAAUAAACAUGGCCGCCUGCCCA